ACUUACAUUAAGGUUAGAGUAGUUCACGAGGUUCUAACAAUUGAAAAAAAAUUUAUAUUUUUAUAUUUAAAAUUUAUAUAAGAACAUUUCGGAAAUAUGGGAAAAUCGAAAAAAGGAAGACUAGGAUUUCCCGAGAAACAAAGUUUAGCAGAUCAAAUAAUUGAUGGACGAGUAGUGAAAGGAAAAACUCGUAAUAAAAUUCGACUUAGACACGAUGAAGAUGAACUAGUUAUAGAUCCUAAAACAACCAGCAAAAUUUUGCGUGUUGCUCAGAAACAAAGAGCAGAAUUGGAACUAGAAGAGUUCGGUCCCACUCCAGGUGAAGCAAAAGCAGCAGGAUUGUAUGAUGAAAAGCAAAAAAGAAAUGGGUUUUCGGACUCCGACACAGACAAUGAAGACGAAGAAGAACGAGAUUACGACGAAAAUGAUUUCAAUGAUAAACUGCAAUUAAAUAUUGAAGAUGAAAAGGCAAUCAAAAUGUUUGAAAACAAAAAUGCUGUAAAGGGAAAAACCUUGGCAGAAAUCAUAAUGGAAAAGUUUGCGGAAAAGAAAGCAAUGGUUGAUGAUGCUUUUUCGGAUGUCGGCUCUGUAAAGGUUGAGGAUAUUGAUCCGCGUAUAAAGGAAAUGUACGAAGGUGUCAGAGAUGUCAUGAAACGUUAUCGAAGUGGAAAAGUUCCUAAAGCCUUUAAGAUUAUACCAAAACUACGAAACUGGGAGCAAAUACUUCAUAUUACAGAGCCAGACAACUGGUCCGCAGCCGCUAUGUUUCAGGCAACCCGUAUAUUCUCAUCUGGUUUAACGCAACAAAUGGCUCAAAGAUUUUACAACUUGGUCUUACUUCCCCGAAUCAGAGAUGACCUGGCAGAGUAUCAAAAAUUGAAUUCAUAUCUUUAUAGGGCUCUACAAAAAUCUUUAUUUAAACCUGCAGCCUUUUUCAAGGGAAUUAUUCUCCCAUUAUUAGAAUCUGGUGAUUGUACUCUACGUGAGGCUAUCAUCAUUGGUAGCACCGUAGCGAAUAAUUCGAUUCCUGUGCUACAUUCAUCUGCAUGCUUAUUAAAAAUAUGUGAAAUGGAUUACACUGCUCCAAAUAGUAUCUUCAUGAGAUUGUUCUUUGAAAAACGAUAUGCCCUGCCAUACCGCGUUGUCGAUGCCGCCGUGUUUCAUUUUCUCCGUUUUGAACAAGAUAAACGGGAAAUGCCUACACUAUGGCAUCAUGCUCUUUUGGCUUUUGUACAGAGAUAUAAAAAUGACGUGAGUUCGGAGCAAAGGGAAGCACUUUUACGCCUGUUAAAAAAAAAAUCACAUUACAAAAUAACACCAGAAAUUCGUCGGGAAUUAUUAGCUGCUCAUUGUCGUGAUAUAGAACAGGGCGAAUCGCUAGCUAAUGAAGAAUCAUUUGAUAUUCGCUCGGAUGGUAUGGACUUGGAUUAAAUGAUUAUUAUUAAGUUUGGCUUUAUAAGUACCAUGAAUUCGAUGAAUAAAGUUUGAACAUCAAAGAG